AUGUCUAUUACACCAUUCAAGAAACGCGUCUGUUACUAUUACGACAGUGACAUAGGAAACUAUUAUUAUGGACAAGGUCAUCCUAUGAAACCACAUAGGAUUCGAAUGACUCAUAAUUUGCUUUUAAAUUAUGGUUUAUAUCGUAAAAUGGAAAUAUAUAGACCUCAUAAAGCUACUGCAGAAGAAAUGACCAAAUUUCAUAGUGAUGAGUACAUACGGUUCUUAAGAAGUAUUCGUCCUGAUAAUAUGAACGAUUAUAACAAACAAAUGCAAAGAUUUAAUGUUGGUGAAGAUUGUCCAGUUUUUGAUGGUUUAUACGAAUUUUGUCAGCUAUCUGCGGGCGGUUCAGUAGCAGCAGCUGUAAAAUUAAAUAAACAAUCUGCAGAUAUUUGUAUCAAUUGGGGAGGUGGUCUUCAUCAUGCCAAAAAAUCUGAAGCCAGUGGCUUUUGUUAUGUUAAUGAUAUUGUACUUGGUAUAUUAGAAUUGCUUAAAUACCAUCAACGAGUGUUGUACAUUGAUAUUGAUGUCCACCACGGUGAUGGUGUUGAAGAAGCAUUUUAUACAACUGAUAGAGUGAUGACAGUUUCAUUCCACAAAUAUGGCGAAUAUUUUCCUGGUACUGGAGAUCUCAGAGAUAUUGGUGCUGGAAAAGGAAAGUACUAUGCAGUUAACAUUCCCUUAAGAGAUGGAAUGGAUGAUGAUAGUUAUGAAUCAAUAUUCGUACCAAUAAUUACUAAAGUAAUGGAGACGUUCCAACCUAGUGCAGUUGUAUUACAAUGUGGAGCGGAUUCACUUACAGGAGACAGGCUUGGAUGCUUUAAUCUAACUGUUAAAGGUCAUGGCAAAUGUGUUGAAUUUGUAAAACGUUAUGGCUUACCCUUUCUUAUGGUUGGCGGAGGUGGUUAUACUAUUCGAAAUGUAUCUCGAUGUUGGACAUAUGAAACAGCUGUGGCCUUGGGAGCUGAAAUUGCUAAUGAAUUGCCGUAUAAUGACUAUUUUGAAUAUUUUGGGCCCGAUUUUAAACUUCAUAUCAGCCCUUCGAAUAUGACUAAUACAAAUGCUACAGAGUAUUUAGAAAAAAUUAAAAACCGACUCUUUGAAAACUUACGAAUGCUACCUCACGCGCCAGGAGUUCAAGUGCAAGCUAUCCCUGAAGACGGAGUACGUAAUGAGUCAGAAGAUGAAGAUAAUGUUAACCCAGAUGAAAGGAAUCCUCAAUCUAUUACAGAUAAACGAAUUGCACCUGAUAAUGAAUUUAGCGAUAGUGAAGAUGAAGGAAUGGCUCCUGGUGUAGGGGGUGGUGGCCGAAAAGAUAAUAGAUCUUAUAAAACUGUCACACCUGCUAGAAAACAAGCACGUUUGGACUCGAAUAGGAUGGAAGUCGAUGAACCAGAAUUUAAUAUUCUAAAAGAUGAUAAAGAAGACAAAUCUGUUAGUUCUGAUGAUUCUAAUAAAAAGGAUGCUGUCAAGUCGUGAAUUUAUGACUAAAAUAUAUAAUACAAUUGUAAAUAAUUUAAAAAAAAAAAAA